UAUCUGUGCAAGCACACUGAGUGCUCUAUAAAAGAUUUCACCUUCAGUUGUCUUUAAUGACGGCACUUUUUUGUCUUUUUCAAAGCAGUGCGUGACAUCAGGUAUUUAGCUUCUCAACAGGUAGAGACUUGAACGUUCAGGCAGAGGAAGUGCUUAGCCUUCAAGUCCGAGCAGCUUUAAAAAGCUCUGCUUUGGGAGAACAGACGUUCAAAGGUGUGGUGUCUACACAUGUUAGGAAUCGGUUUGGACCAGGGAUCUUUAAAAUAUUGCAAACUACACAAAUAUGGACAACACAAACAACACGGACAUCAACUGUCAGGAGAACAUAGAAAAUAACCGAGCGCUGUAUAUUUUCUACUCUUCUGUGAUAGUUCUGGAGUUUAUCUUGGGUUUCCUGCUGAACAUUACAGUUAUCCAUCUCUUCAUCUUCAAGCUCAAGUUCUGGAAAUCUAAAACCAUUGACAUUUUCCUGUUCAAUCUGGUCCUGGCUGACAUUUUGUUGCUGAUUGGAUUGCCUGUAAAGGCGUAUAACUUUCAGCAAUGCAGUGAAAAUAAGGUAGUGUGCAAAGUACAGCUCUUUCUGCAGUUUCUUAACCGGGGAGCCAGCAUCGCCUUCCUGACGGUCAUCUCCAUUUACCGAUAUUUUAGCGUAGUCCAUCCUGGGAAGAGGAAAGUCAUAAGGAUUUUGAAACAUUCGCCUCAGAUUUCUAUAUUUAUCUGGGUGAUACUGGGAAUUUUGACGAUUCCAGCCAUGUUGCAAAGUUUUAUCAGAUGCGACAGCAAUGAACAUGAUGAGGAACCCAAUUCUGUCAUUGUACUGAGGGAAAUUGUGUUUUUUACCCAGAUUCUGAUCCCCUUUUUUGUUCUUGUGUACUGCUCAAUACGGAUUAUCAAAAGACUCAAACAGAAGUCGGUGGGCGACAAGACUAAGCUCCGGAGAGCGAUGUUCCUCGUCACUUCUGUGGUUCUUGUCUUUGCUGUCUGCUUCUUGCCGUAUGCCAUUACAAGAGCAAUACAGCUGAAGAGGGAUGGGCAUGUGAUGAAAGAUGAAAAAGAUACUGUUGUUAAAGUGUACGAUGGGCUUAUUUGUCUCUCUUAUCUGAACUGUCUGCUGGAUCCAAUCCUUUACUGCCUGAGCAGCAGUACAUUUAAGAAGUUAUACAUGUCAAUCUAUCUCCCCUUUCUGCUGGAGAAGGAACAACCAGAAAAUUCAGACGACACUGCAGAUGAGUGAACGAAGCAUGCCAGCUGAAAAAGAAGAUUCUUUGAAAAGACUAUUGAGGGAAAUUCAGUGAAUUAUUUGCAGUUGUUAUGUGUUUAAUACAUUUUGAAUAGUUGACAUAUCAUGUCCAAGACUUGCUUAUUUUUGAAAUGUUUUUUUUUUUUUUUAAACCAAAGUCUGGAUUUUAGCUGUGACCAUUUUAAACAACCCCUUUGCCUUCACUAGUUCAUUUUUAAUGUUCAAAUGGUCCUGCGGUGUGAGUUUUAAAUGCAGAAAUAGUCCAUGUAUUUUGCUUAUGACCUCAUAUUACUUUACUAUUUAACAAUAAAUAAAAUAUGAGGUCACAGAUGCUGAAUGCAUAAUAAUGACAAAACAAUUAGCCAUAUCCUGUUUAAAAUAGUUUUAAAUGAAGUAGCAUGUCACACUGAAGCAUCUCCAAUUUAAUAUUUUAACAGCCUAAUCUUCUGUUUACAUUACGUGUCUUGCACAUAUUGGACAUUCUGGUGUGAGUGAUGUAGAUUUGUAAAUGAGUCACAGACAGUUGUCUGGUUUCUCUAUAACUGGAAAGUUAUGAUACAAGAGACUUCUCUGUCAGGCACAGAGGAAGAAUUUAUGUUUUAGAUUUUAUGUUUUAUUUGCAUUUCAUGUUACUAUAAUUUUUUUGCAUGUAUUAUUAUUAUUGUUUUGAUUAUUGAUAUAUAGAGAAUAUAGUGAAUUUUAUUACAACGCUAAUGUAAAUGUACAUUUUUCAAAAGACCAUAAAGAUAAAGGACUUCUUGAUUCCUACCAUUGCUGUUA